AUUGGAGUACAGCUAAAUGUACGCGUGCUAUACAUGUAUAUGCUAACUAAUACAUGAGAACACAUCGAGCAGUGAGACGAAUCAAAAUUAUUUUGUUUGUAGCAUGCAUAUGGGAUCAAAAUAAAUAAAUAUUAUAUAUCAGUGAGUAAGUCUGAAACUAUGUGAAACUAAAAUAGACGUCAAAAGAGUUGAUAAAAGGCGCCAAAAUAAUCAAUUUUGAAGUCAAGGUAUAACUGGAUGAGUUUAUAAUAAUGGCCAUGAUGAGGGGUCUAUACCGCAAGGUGCAACCUCUAAGGACAAUCACAGACGAAUAUUGCAGACGUUUGGUACAUACGACGCUGAAAAUAUGUUCAUCAAGCCCAAAUGGCUACAAUUUCCCAACACCAGGAAGCGAUUUACCAUAUCCAGCUGGCAUAGCUUCAAUGAUGAGACUUCCCAUCCAGAAAACAUCUGAAGGUCUAGAUGCAUGCUUUGUUGGUGUAACAUUGGACAGCGGGACAUGCAAUAGAUCGGGAACACGGUUUGGACCAAGACAGAUCAGAUCAGAAUCAAUAUUUGCUGUCAGGCCUUUUAACUUUUCUACAGGGGCAGCUCCAUUUGAGUCGUUGAGGGUGGCAGAUACAGGAGAUGUCAAUCUAAAUAUGUACAACUUACCAGAGGCUUGCAACUCCAUACGUGAUCACUACAGAGCUCUCGUAAAGGAUGGAUGUAUACCUCUAACAAUGGGAGGCGAUCAUACAAUCACAUACCCCAUUUUGCAAGCUAUUAAGGAAAAGCAUGGCCCCGUCGGUUUGGUUCACAUUGAUGCGCAUGAUGACAUUGCCGACGAUAUGUCCGGUGCAAAGAUUUCACAUGGAACUCCAUUCAGACGAGCUGCUGAGGAAGACUGCCUAGUUGGCCCUAAGGUGUUUCAAAUCGGACUAAGGGGGCACGGCUACGCUCCAGAUGAUUACCAAUUUGGUCUCGAUAGGGGAUUCAACAUAAUACGAAUCGAGGAUUGCUGGCAUAGAUCUUUGGUUCCCCUUCUUGCAAAGAUACGAGAGAUAAUGGGAUCACAUCCGGUCUACAUCUCAUUCGAUAUAGAUAGCUUAGACCCUUCCAUCGCCCCUGGGACAGGAACACCUGAGAUUGGCGGUUUAACAACUAUCCAGGCUUUAGAAAUAAUUCGUGGGUGUAGGGGAAUGAAUGUUGUUGGAUGUGACCUUGUAGAGGUGUCGCCACCCUAUGACACUACUGGUAACACCGCACUGACUGCAGCUAAUCUGAUGUUUGAGAUGCUUUGUAUCCUGCCCAAUGUCAAGUACAAGGAAGCAUUUGAAUCAACGUUCAAAUUUUAGAUGUCA